UCUAAUAAAUAUCAGAUUUAAGAAAUGAAUGAGAUGCAUGCAGUCAACAACUAUUAAAAGAAAGUUCUAAUGGAAAUUUUUUUGUAGAAUAAUUCAUUUUUUCCAACGGAUUAUAGCGACACCACCGGAAUAUCCACAUAAACUAUUACUAGAAAAUUUAUUAUUAUCAGAAAUUAACAAUCCCUCUUAAGCGAACAAGUAAACGAUUACAAUAAAUUUAAGUGCUCAACAUCACUCGAUUUAAUACAAUUUGGCUCUCUACCAACCAAUAAACAUAAGAGUUCUACAAGACGACGAUGUUGCGCAGCAGCUCCACCGUCCUCAUCUGUCUCCUCCUCAUCUCCGCCGUAGCAAUUGCUCUUUCCUUGGACAAUGAUGACGUGUGCGUGUUCACGGUUUACAUAAGAACCGGUACGGUUUGGAAAGCCGGUUCAGACUCCGUCAUGAGCCUCCGUCUCUACGACAGUUACGGGCAAAAUGCUGUUAUAUCCGAUUUGGUGUCAUGGGGAGGUUUAAUGGGUCCAUUCCACGAUUAUUAUGAGAGGGGUAAUCUCGACAUUUUCACCGGCUUAGGUUCUUGCUUAUCAGGUCCGGUUUGUGCGAUGAAUUUGACUUCUGAUGGCUCUGGCGAUCACCACGGUUGGUAUUGUAACUACGUUGAAGUGACGAUGAGUGAGAGUCGUAAGAGAAGUUGUUCUCAGGAGAAAUUCACGGUGGAGCAAUGGUUGGCUCGUGAUACUUCGCCAUAUGAGCUGUCGGCCAUUAGGAAUCAAUGUUCGGACUCUGUCAAGAAUCGAUGAGUCGUUUCCACGAUGUGAGUGUGUUAUUUAUUUAUUCUGGUGGGGUUGUCAAUGAAACAUGACGUGAUCAUAUAUUUAAUUCGAGUGUGAUUAAGAUUUCCUGCUUUUAAAAAAUAAAAGAAUGAAAACAAAUAUGUUAUAUACAAUGCUUGAUAUUGAGUGAUUAUAACUUAUAAGAUGUUCAUCCAUAUCUUGAUUGUAGAUCAGUCUUAAACUCUAAUUUUGUUCAUCUCUUCCAAGUGGUGAAUUCAAAAGACUAUUUGUCCGAAAAUAAUUAGUCCGUCUUUUUCACCGAUUGAAUCCAUUUUAUAUGUUUUUUUAUGGAAAGCACGU